UACAACUCCUCAGUAGUUUUAUGACUUAACUUUCGCGCGUUCGCCAAAAAAAGCAAGCCAUGGCCGAGCACGGCGGCGGCAAGUUGAAAAGUGCGGUGAAAAAGUUGUUGGCCAAAAGUGGCGUCCGGUUGCAGGGCGGCUUCGACUUGAGCCCCGAAGACGAGGUCAAGGACACGGUCGGUGACCUUCCGCUGAGCGAGAAUGGCAUUCGAAGGGCUGACAUGGGGCGCCGCUCCUCCCUGCAGAGGGCGCACAGUUUCAUUCUGGACAAGGGGGCCAAAGCGAAGGGCAAGUGGAACAAGUUCAGUUCGUCCACGCUCGAUCUCAGCACACUCUCUAGUCACGAUUUGGAAAUGCAGGUGACCAAAAGCGGCCGACUUCGACUUGGCAGUGCUCCUAGCUGUGAAACUGAUUCUGAAAAGCUUGCGGGAAGCGAUAUCUCAUCCAAAAAGAGCCACAAGUUUGAUAAACACGAAAGCGGUGAAAAGGAAAAAGACACCACUUGGUCCUCGGAGAAAAAACGGCGGUCGAACAAAAAGAACCACCGACUCAAAGCGCCCGCCAAUCAGUUGACCAACUCGAGCGACCUUUGCCUCAACACUACUCAGAGUCUAGGCGAGGAGCAGCAGCAGGCUCGUUCGCGGUCGCUGACGCACCUGGACGCGUUGGAUGGCGCGCGCGUGGGCGAGGCGGGGUCACGCAGCGCUGGAGGCACCGCCGCCGUCCCUUCGACCGACGCCUCACCCUGCGCCACCCCCGCCCGAGACUUCCAGGCAGACGCCCUCGAGGCGGCCGCCGCCCUGCUGAGGCAGCCCUCGGGCAUGGACGACUUUGGCAUGGACCUGACGCGGCAGCGCCUCCUCGUCCCCUCGACCGACGCCUCCAGAGACAGGAGGCGCACCCUGGCAAGGUCGCAGGUUUCCAGCUCUGAGUUUUUCAGCAUCAGCUUUGAAGGCGUAGAGGUGGACGAAAACCUGCGCACCGAAUUCAUCCCUGCCUCCAAGGGAGUUCUGCUCGUCGAUGCUUUGGGCGAAGCAUGUGAUCGGCGAAAAUUGGAGAUCAACUCGAUGGAUGUCUUUCUUGACACAAACAGGAAGCCACUACAUAUUUCCGCCGUAGACACCCUCAGCCUUGGUGGAAAACACCUUUUAAUUUGUGCUAAAGGAAGUGGGCCCACAAGACUAGCCAGAAAUUCAUCAACUGCCAGUCAACCAUCAUCAAGAAAAACAUCGGGAGGGAGUUAUAAGGGCAAAGGGUCGCGCGGCUUUUUCAGCGCCAGCACCGAGGACGCGCCCUCUGCCGCAGAUCAGCACGGCCACUUUGAAUUCAAACUGUCCAAGCAGUCAUCGUCCAAACAGCCAUGGAGUUCUAUAUUCGGUGCCACAAAGCAACAGCAACUAGAAACCAAAAGCAUGGACCUGCUGGUGGAUCAGCUUAAUAUUUUUAGCAGAUUUGGUUACGUCAACAAAUCUUGUUCUGUGCCUUCGUCCAUGUCCUCUUCUACCUGUGAUCAUGAUAAUUUUUUCACAGGAUUCUUUUUAAACUUGUACGAUAUGGAGGAUGACUGGCGCGAACUGGUGCACGGCUGUGAGGAACUGAGCGAAAAAAUCGUGCAGCAACAGACGGCAAUAUGGGAGCUGGUGCAGACUGAGCUCUCCUACAUCCAUAUCUUAGGCGUCGUUCGAGACCUGUUCAUCGCCUGCCUUAGACACCUGCAAGCGGAGAAUCUGCUCGAACACGUCGACCCGAGCCGUCUGUUCAGCAACAUUAGUGACAUUUACCUGGUCAACGUCAGCUUCUGGCUCAACCACAUCCAACCAAUGGUGGACAGGAGCAGAGCCACCAAACAACUUUUGAACCCCAGUCUCAUGCUGCCAGGAUUUUUAAAGUUCGACGAGCUCUUCGCGCCGUACACUCGAUAUUGCUCGGAUCAACAGGACCAGUGCCAGCAGUACUGCCGGGAGAACAUGCAAACCAGCGAAUUAUUCAUGGCCUACUUGGCAUGGUGCGAGGCUCAGCGUGAAUGCAAAAGGCUUCGGCUGCUGGACAUCCUGGUAAAACCCAUGCAGCGGCUCACCAAGUACUCUCUCCUGCUGAAGGCCAUCCUCAAAAACACCGACGACACCGACCAGAGGAUGGACCUGCUACUUAUGAUCAAGCACGUGGACCACUUUGUGAGCAGUGUCAACACUUCCCUUAGAAUGCAACAAGACGAGGAAAAGCUACGUCUGAUUGCUGCCAGGGUCAACAGCUACGAGGUCAUGCAGGAAAUCAAGGACGAAGACUUGGAAAAGUUGGUGAAGGCGCACAGCGAUCUCAACCUCAACACGCCAAUGCCCGGCUGCACCUCUAGUCAAUUCCGACAGCUCCUCUUCGAGGGCGGCCUCAUCCUAAAGGAGCACGCCAAGUCCAAAGUCGUCAAGACGGAAGUGCACGGUCUGCUGUUCACAGACAUUCUUCUGCUGUGCAAAGUGACAAACGCCGGCAAAAAACAGCCGGAAAAUUACAAAGUGGUGCGGCAGCCGUUCGUCGUGGAUCGUCUGCAGAUGGUGGAAAUUGUGCGAGAUUCGCAGCCUGGCUUGGGGGUGGUUUACCUCAAUGAGUACCAAACCGCCGUCGCCGCUUUCACCCUCUUUUCCAACGACAAAGCGACAAACAUCAAGGUCUGGGCAGAGAAAAUAAGAAAAACGCAGCACGCCUACAAGCAGGCCAAGAGUGCGGCCAAAGCGGCAGAAACGGCGGCCGCCCUGGCCGCAGGAAUGAUGCACCCUGACAUGACUGACGACGGCAUUGAAGAUGUGAACCAUUAUCUGGCGUUUUCUUCCCGAAGCCAGAGCUCAUCACGAAUGCUCAGUCUCAACCACUCGCAGAGCGAGUCUAUGGAAAUUACUGAUGCUUCGAGCUUUAACCACAGUAGAGGAGUAAGUUUGGAAAUGGAGGCUGGUGGAAGAGGUUCCAGCCUCAGCUCAGAUGAAGGCUCCUCCGGAGGAGAGCUGAAAUUAACAUUUACUCCUCCCCACGCUACCUCACCUUCACCCCGAAUUGAAAAGCGUUCACCAAUGCGCUCUCCAAACAUGCUGGGUGUGCAUCAUCUUCGGCAUGGUGGUGGCCAGUCGUUACCAAAUCUUAGCCUUUCAGAGAGUCCCUCGUCAGGACUAAUGAGUCCAGUGACCCUUCCCCAGCAAGGCACAAACAGUUUGCUGUCUGUGCCAACUGGCAAAGGUCUCUCACCUCAGAGGGGCGUCUCGUAUCCACCACCCUCACCAAGGGCCCUCCGCCGAAGUUACGCAGUACCCCAGUCUCGAAACCCACCCCUCUUGAAGAGCAGACACGUCCUUGGUGUCCGGUCGGCUAAUGAGGCGGAAGGCAGUGUCGACGUCCCACAAAUUGCAGAAAUUCCACCUCCAAAAGAGUCAUGCAGCAGCUCAUACUUGAAAAGUGAAGAGGAAAGCCCAGGGGCUCGAGCGUACAGGCAGGUUAUAAAUUCCAAACGCCAAGUCCGAGGGUCUGACGUCCGAAGAUACCACACGGCGGGAGUCAUAGACGACCUUAAGCAAUUCAGUUUGGAUCCUCCAAAGAAAUUGGUAAUUAAGGACACGAGCAUUCACAAAAGACUCUCUUGGAAUUGCGGCGCCGGUUCUGCUGGGAUGCAGCCUUUGGGCUCUUGCGCCAGAAACGCAGGCAUUAGUGCGGACAGUGUGCAGAGCUCGAGUGGCGUUUCGAGCAGCACUGGCAGCCAGGCCAUGCUGUACCAAAACGAAAUCCUCGAGAUAAAAACUACACCGCCAGCAGAACCACCGUCUCCAGCUCUUCCAGCCCUCAAAGUGUGUCCAGCAACUCCACUAUUGAAGGCGGUGGAAGACGAAUUAGGCGUCUCUGAGGGUGAUGUCCACCUUUUUUCUACAGUUGAGGAUAUUGUGGAAGCUUUUAAUUUAGAGGUGAUUCAAGGUGCUGCAAAUUUCUCUGAAAACGAGCCAUAUCCUGAAACGCAACCCCUUGAACCAGAAGCAAUGCCAGCAAUAACUCAACCUCCUCGCAGGACCGAGUGCUCACUGGCAGGACCGCCACCUGCUGUGCCGCCCAGGUCCAGAAACAAUUCGGCCACUUCUGAAAAGAACGAUCUCUGCUCCAACCUUGAUUCAACGGAUGUGUGAGAAGGGCGAGCCUCUGUGGACGAAACGGCUACAGAGGCUCUGAUUCUAAAUGAGUUCUCGAAGACGCAACAAGGGACCAGAAAAUUUCUGACCAGCGCUGCUCGGAGCUGCUCCGUCAUUUGGAGCAAAAUCAAAUCAUCGGUUGAUCAAGGUCCAUCAGACGACCCGUCUGACAGCAACGUGGAAAAACUCUCGAAUCUUUUCAACAUUUACAAAAAACAGUGAAAAUACCACUCGCAUUAUAUACACACAAAAUAGGAAUGAGAAUGAAAAAGUGCUGAGCAAAGAGAGAGUAUUUUUUAAGUGAAAAGAGAUAACUAUUAGGUAUUAUUUUAUCUAUGAAAUAGCAUAAUGAAAAUGCAUUCAUAUAUUUACAAACUAAAAGUCUGUCGCCUCUGCUGGGUAACAAAAUAUAUAGCCAAGUUAUAGACUCUGAAAAUCUUUAAGGCCUGUAGAUUGUUAGCGGAAUUAAGUCUUGUCAUUUUGAAAUUCGGUGAAAUUGUUUUAAAUUUAUUUACGCAAAUUAUAAGGACAAGUCCUGCUAUGCAGGCGGAAAUACUUGAAAAGUUUUUGGUCGCAAAUUGAGAUGCGUUGUAAAUAUUUCUUAAUUAAAUAUUCUUCCGUAAAAAUGCAACAUUUUUCCAGACUGAAUCACAAGAAAACAUUACGUGGGUUAUGCAUGCUUGAAAAAUAUACAUCGCUAUAUACAAUUUUAAAUAUAGGAAAGACCAGAAAUUUAUCAUUAUGUGUAAGGUGUAGCGGAAUUUCUAAAAAAAAAAUACUCUAGAUUUGUGAUGGCUUCGUUUGACAAUUAUUGAAUAAUUUAAAGCAUUUCGGUCAAAAGGAAACUUGGAAAGUUAAAGUCUCAGGUGAAGUAAUUAAAAAUUUCAGCCUCUUGAUAUCAAUGCGUUUAGGUAAAUAGUCCAUAGUAUUAAGGCUGGAAUUCAAUAAUUAGUGCUUAGGGUCCUUUUAACCAAUGUCCUAAUACUGAAAUUAUUAUCUUUCCAGGCAAUUCAGAGAGACGUUCUGUGUAAAUUAGUCAAAUUAAUUAAAUACAGAGGGGAAACGACACUCUUUUCAAUGAUUGUGUGUGUUAUUGCUUAGGAAGAAAACAAUAUCACAGAGCUAGAUAAUAUCAAGUUGACAUAGAGAUUUUCUUCCUGCAAAAUAAUAAAAAGGCAUAUUGUGAUUUUGAACGACAAGGAAGGCCUACCUGUUGCCUAAAUAAGUUUAGUAGCGAGUUUAUUGUAUUUGUGUACUUAGAUGAGAUGAGAGAGAGCGAAAAGAAAAUCACAACGGAAUUAUAAUAAAAAAAGGGGAAAAUGAGAAACUCAGACUGUAAUUGAUGCAGAUUCUUUGAAUAUAAUUUAAUUGAUUAGCCGCGUGUAUUUGAUGUUGAAUGUGAGAUUUCACUGAAAUGUCAAGGGACAAAACAAUUUAUUUAUAUUUAUAAGUACGGGAUGGCUAAAAAUUU